AGGGACCGUGCAGGCGUCGGAGGAGGCUCUGGCGUGGCUGCGACACCAGAUGGCUAUCAUCAGGGGAGACACCCACACCACUCUAGGGUUGGCGUGGGGCAAGCGGAGGCCAGAUAACCAGGACUCCCAUACCACCAUCGGCGCCACUACCCCUAUGGAGACGAACCUUCAUAACACUACGGCAGCCUCAUCCAUCAUCAUCAUCCAAGCUGAGUCAUCAUCUGCUGCGCCUUCUUCAGGAACCACACUUAGACCAGAGACACGUGACUCUCUCUAUAUGACACCUGUUCCUCCCAAUAUGACGCCUGUUCCUCCCAAUAUGACACCUGUUGCUCCCUAUAUGACACCUGUUCCUCCCUAUAUGACACCAGCCCCUCCCUAUAUUACACCAGCCCCUCCCUAUAUGACACCAGCCCCUCCCUAUAUGACACCUGUUCCUCCUAUAUACCCCACUCCCUAUAUGACACCAGCCCCUCCCAAUGACACCAGCCCUCCCAAUAUAACACCUGUUCCUCCUUAUAUGACACCUGUCCAUCUAAUAUGA